CACGAAGCACGGAAGACGUGCUGUUUUCUUAGCUUUUGCUCCCGUUGAGCCUCAUCCCACAGCUGCGCUGCCAACAGCCGCCCCAGGGUCCGCCACCGGCCACGAGGGGUCGGUCGGGCUAAGCACCCCGCGUCCCUGUGUCCCCACAGGGCUCAGGCGUGUUCCCGAACUCAGCCGGCCCUGGCCUGCCCUCCCGCCCCUCUGACGUCUGCGAGGCGCUCGCUCCCUGGGGCUGGGGCUGCUGCAGCCGGGGCCGAGGGGGCGAGGCCGGGCGGGGCAGGCCCCGCUGCUCCAGCCCCUUCCGCUCCCCUCCAGUCUGCGCUCCGCUCCGCUCUCCCAGUCCCGGCCCUGGAAGGCGCCGGGCUUGGCUUUUUCCCCUUCGUGGCACAGCCACGAACUAGCAGCCGAUGCCACAGCCAUCCCUGCCCGACCGGCUUCCCUCCUGCGGCCCAAAGGGAGGCCGCGGCUGGACCCCACCCGGGCCCAGGGCUGACUGCCGAGCAGGGAGCGGAGCCUGGCCUGGGGGCCUGGGAGAGAGAGGGGAUCAGCGGAGGGCUCGCUGGUCCAAGGAUGGAGGGGAUGGAGGAGCCAGAAGCCAGACCUGCCAGUGGGGGCCUUCAAGAGCCCAACAUAGGGAGCAGAAUAGCCAGCUCCAUGGAAGUGACCUCAGCUAUGGAGAGAAGUGGCACCGAGCCACAGCCCAAUAAUGGACACCUCCCAAGACCCUGGUCCUGCCUUCAGGAAGACAGAACACCCAGCCAGAUGGCCCCCCACCCUCCCAGGGCAUGGGGGUUACCGUCCCAAGGACCCUCCGUGCUGGAGUCCAAGGUCAGGGCCUUGAAGGAAAGUAUGACAGCAGGCAAACAGGGGGCAAGCCCCUGCCUCACAACCCAUGAGAGACUACCCCCCAAGAAACCCAAAUGCCGACGAGUCAAAGUGGGUGGAGCCAGAACUCCAUCAUCAGGGUCUCCCUUGCUGGAUACAGUUGUGGUUCUCCAUGCUCAGAACCCGAACGAGGGACCGCUGGACAAGAGUGUCAAUGAGAAGGAGCCUGCCAUGAAUGGGGGCCCCAGACCUCCCAGGCCGCCCACCCCUGGGCUAGAGUGCUGCAGUGGGAGGAGCCUGUGGGCUCCAGAAACAGUAAGGAUACUGCCUGACCAUGAGAGGAGUCUGCUGCCAGGGUCCAGCUCUUCGCAAGACAGCCCCCUCCACAGAGUCACUUCAGGACAAUCUAGGGACCCUAGACCUUGUAACAAAAUUACGCAUGUGCCCAACCUGAGGAAAGGAAGGUCAUGCCCCCUGCAGGAUGCUCUAGUUGCAGGCGAAGACCUGGAUAGCUUGUCUCUAACCUCCGAGGAGGACUUUGUCCCCAGGCCGGCCCUGCUGGGGGACCUCUGGAGAGCCGGAGACCUGGGGGCUCUGGGCACUGGGCGCAGCGCCUUGCCCCUGUCUGAACAGGUGGAAAGGAACCGCCUUCUUCUGCAGGAGAUGCUCAUUGUUGGGGGGCAGGGCCCCCCCAAGGUGGGAAUCCCAGCCCGGACUCUAUCCUGGGACAGAGCUGUAUCAGAGCAACCAUCUGGGGACAUGGACUGGGACUCAGGCAUCUCCCUGCAGGACUCAGACCAGAACAGGACCUUUGGCCCCAAGCCGGAGCCCGUGCUGAGGAGCCCCAGGCAUGAGGAAGCCAAGCACCUGCUGCAGCGAGCCCGCAUGAAGGCCAGGACCCGGCCCCUCCGUGCCAGCCAUGAUAUCAUGCCCACCAUUGACCAGGGUGGCCGGGAUGGCAGGAGAAACCCAACCCUGGACCGGAGGAUGCCCUUUGCCUGCAGAGACAACCGCCACAACGGGAGCACGAGCGACUCCUCCAGCGGGGAGUCCAGCAGCGGGCAGUGGCCGAAGCGGGGCCCCUCCCCGUCCCACGUCCGCUUUGAGGAUGAGUCUGCCCGGGAGGCCGAGUCCCGCUACCUGGAGCGGCUGCAGCAGCGCCAGCGCCAGGGGCUGAGCCCUGCGCUGCAGAUGGCCGAGCAGGGCCCCCUGCGCUCCAAGCCAGAGCUCGCAGACUACAUCGCCGGGGGCCUCCUGCGCAGGGACGCAAGCGAACGGACUCUGCACAGGCUUGUGGGCCACCUGGACCGGAGAGCCUUCCCGGAGCGGCCGCCCACACGGGGCAUCGAGAGGACCUGCCGAGCCUGCGGCAGUCGCAUCGAGGAUCUACGCCCUGCCGUUGGGAAGGCAGCCCGGGACCCCCAGCUCCUCCAGGAGCAGGGGGCUGCCUGUGGCCUGGAGGGAGGGUUGGCAGAGCCCCUUAGCUCUUGGGGCUUGAGCGCCCCCUUCAGGCUGCUCCCCGCCGAGCAAGGGCCCCGCACCGAACAGAUCCGGGAGACACGUAGGGGAGACUCUGUGCGCCCCGAGGAGGUGGACUCCGCCCUGGACAGCACGGACACCUCCGACAGCUGCAGGACCGACAGCGAAGAGGCCGGGACCUCUCAGCCCCCCAGAGCCCGCGGCCCCCGACUGCGGGGCUCCAGGCCUCGUGGAGGCCACCGGUGGUGCCGGAAGGCUGAAAGGGAGCCACCGGAGAGCCCUCCGGCCCCGCACAACCUGCCUGGGGUUGAUCUGGAGGUUUCAGAUGCAGUGAAAGAAGGCAGAGGACACACACCCGAGGGGACUCUGUUCCCCAGAGAAAACCCUUACUCCAAGCCUCCUUGGCAGGAACCUGAGGGGGCCCCCCUGGGGCCCCAGGGGGAGUUGCGACCAGGAAACCACUGGGCCCCCUCUGUGGAUUCCUCGGCUCUGUGCUUCGUGAAGCUGGCACCCUUGGGGCCCGGCAGACAAGACCAGGUUAUGGGAAGCCACCAAUCUCUGGAAACCAUCCCCCUGCAACAGAGCCACGCAGAGCCCUCUGCCCCACACCAGGCCCAGCAGCCAACAGCUUCCCUUUCCUCGGAAGGCUGGGUGCCAACUCCUCCUUCUUCCAGGAAAACCACUUCACCUGGGCCUCACAGGAAGGCACCCCGCAGGCCCGGUGACCGGGGAGAAUCUUCAAGCACCCCCCGGCCUCCUUCAGGAAGUGUAGUUCCCAGGACCCGUGAGCUCAGCCCCCCACAGACACAGCCCUGCAGCCACCACGGCGGGCACCCACUGCUGGGCCUCUCCACCAACAACUGCAACAACAGUGUGCCUGGGUCCUCGGGGGGCGCAUUCCUCGAGGGCAGGGUGGAGAAGGGCACCAGCAGCCAGGAGCCUGAGGCACCCCUGGAGAACUGCAGAGGUGGUGUUGGCACCGUCAGCUCCAUGGGUGUCACCUUCUCCCUGGCCUUAGAGGAGCCAGAGUCCAGCCAGGAACCAGAGGAAGGCCUGCAGAGGACAGAGUCAAGUUCUGAAGGGCUUGUGUCAUCCCAAGACCUACCAGGGGUCAGUGCAGGACCUGGCCCGCCCUCAGCUGCCCCUUCUGACAGGAACAAGAAAGCCAGCAGCAGCAUCACCACCCUGGGGCUGAAAAAGUUCUUCUUGGCCUUGGGCCAGGGCACACGGCCCAAGUUGGGCAAGUCCCGCAGCUGCAGUGUGGAGCAGCUGCAGCCCCCUGCACCUGGUCCGGCUUCACACACCAGCACCCCCAAAGUGAAGAGAGCCCCAUCGUUACAAUCCCUGCAUCUGGCGUCACCCUCUCACCAACAUCGGAAAGCUGCCUCCUUUCAGAACCUCUGUUCUCUGCUGAGUGGCAAGGUGGACCGGUCUAGCCUGUACCUGGUAGGGGAGCCAGGGGACCACAGUGAACCUGGCAGGUUAGCCAAGGCCCCGCCCCGGCGUGCGCUCAGCGUGGAGGAUGUGGGUGCCCCCAGCCUGGCCCGCACAGUGGGCCACGUGGUGGAGGUGUUCCCAGAUGGCACCAGCCAGCUGCAGCUGCAACGCUCCCCAGAGGGCACUUUUGGCUUCUGUGUGGCCUCCGGGAAUGGGCGCCGGGACUCAGGCUUCUACGUGCAGGAGAUGGCUGAUGCAAGUACGGCCAAGCUGUACUCGGGGCUGUUGGGGGUGGGGGAUGAGAUCCUAGAGGUGAACGGGGCCAAGGUUGCAGGGCUAGGACUGGCUCACCUUGAGGAGCUCCUGACCCAUGCGGAGAGCUUGUCACUCCGUGUGCUGAGGCAGAGGCCCAUCCCACGGUGACUCAGAGGUGCUCUGGGCCUCAAUGUCACUCCCCCAGAAGCCAUGAAGCGCCCUGGGGGAGGGGUGACUGGGAAUGCGCUGCACAAAGCUACUUGGGAGAGGGAAGGAGCCUAUUUGGAUAUUUUGCUUAAGGAUGUAAUUUGUGCAAAGCAAGGAGAAGAAAAUACGGGUGCCCGGGCCUGGGGUGGUGUCAACAGCUUCCUGCACCUUUGUUGGCAGGGGGAGGAAAGAGAUUCAUUGAAUCACUCAGCUGGUCCCCGAGCAUCGCCUCAGCUUCAGGUCCCAUCCCACUCCUUGUCAAGGGCUCCUGCAGCUUCCAGCACUCCCGAACCAAAGACAGUGCUGGGCCAUAUCGGCCUGGAGCCUGCCUCUUCCCAUCUCAUUUCUCCCAGCUCCCAUUCCACACCUUUGCUCUUUUUCCAGGAACGGGAAAAGUGUCCCCGAGUAACAGCCUUGUAGCCAUUGACCCCAUACUCCAAAUCAAAAAUUGGAACCUGUGGUCUGGUGUGAAAACAUCUAGGAAAUGUGAUCUGGUAGCCAGAAUAUUAUGAAUUUUUUGUAAUAUAUAAGAUUGGGGGGGGGUGGCGGGAAACUGAGACCAAUUUCAGGGAGGUGCAGCUGUGGCCAGUGAGACUGGCCAGAUCAGCCCCGUCCCCACGUAUGUUCCUCUGCCUCUGCCUCUGCCUCUGCCUCUGCCAGAGCGAGGCUGGAGCUACCGGAGCCGCCUGGCCAGGAAGGCCCCUGUCUUCCUUCUGUUGAGCUUGGACACUGGGCCGCAGCUAGGGCCACGCAAUCCUCAGCCACAAGCUCUCUGUCCAGACUCCCUGACAGCAGCUCUGGAUACGCCAACCCACAGGGAGAAGGCCGGGCACAGGCCCGGAGGAUGAGCUGUCCCACCUGGUCACUCCCCUCCUCUAGGACUGAACACUGCCCAAAGGGUUAGUGGGUGGCCAUGUGUCCGUUUUAAUUUAUUAAAAGCCAAAGCUGAAACUUC